UUGGAUGUUGAGAAUAAGCAGGCGAUUGGCUGUGCCGGCAUUAUGGUGGGCGGGAAUGCAGGCGGCAGGGAAGUGGUGUCCCCGGUUACCUGUCCACAGUUGCUAGUUCAGCAUAGGUACUUGUAUUGCGGUGCCUAAUAAUAUCACCUGAGCCGGGGACUGUUGGGAGAGUGCUGACUCCAGACGAGCUAUGGCUCAUCGUUUAUCUAAAGAGGAGCUGGAUGAGCAGUUUGAACAGUUUUUAAAAGAGUCCCUUUCAGAUGACUCCUUUGACAGUAAUAAAAAAUCAGCUGUACUUGAAAAUCUCGGAAAGCCUAAAGUGAAAAGAAUGAAAAAGAAAGAUCCUUCCCCGUGGUGGACUGCUGAGGAUGACUCUGACGAUGGAGAUCUGGCUGUGACGAGUCGGAGCUUUCUGAAAUCACAAAGCACAUCCCAGCCCAUUGAAGAGGUUGAAGAAGAAGAUCAAGUUGAAGAAAUGCAACAAUCGAUAGAUCCUCUGAUUACAUCAAUAGAGAAGGACAGCUUGGAGAUUGAUGAAUCUGUUUUAGCUUCUGGCCCAUAUCAAACAUACCAUGGGGUUGGCCUGGAUACCUUAGAAGAACAGGAAGAAAAGGAAAGGUUUUUUGCUAGACUUGAAAAAGGUGCUUCAUCUACAAUUGACUAUUCAAAAUUAAAUAAAGAAUUGGAUUCUACAGAUUCAACACAACUUACAGCUUUAAUACGCAGUGCUGACAAUGCUAAAUCUGAAGAUGAUGAAAAUAAAGAUUUGUCAGUAAAUUACAGUGAGGACUUUGAAGAUGAACCUGAAGCUAGCCGUCCCAUUAUCAAAAAAGCAACUGCACAAAAUGAGGAUAUGGCUGAUAACCCAGAGCUAAAAAAUCAGAAAGAAGAGACACCUGGAAUGCUUGCCAAAGUCCUCCUUGAUUCACUGGAUUCCACAAUUGACACACAAAAGCUUUUGCAGCAAACAGGAGAUGAAUCUGUAACACCACAAGGGACCAAUGAGGCAACAGGCACAGGUAUUUCAAACCCGUACACAAAUAGUGACAUGGAAGCUUUGCAUCAAGCAUAUCAAAUUCUGGGUCAGUCAAUGGAAAACACAGAUGAACAGAACAAUUAUCUUAGGACUGCAGACCACACAAGCACAUCCAUUGGGGAUACUGCAGACUCAAAGGCACCAAGUCUUAAAAAUAUUCUCACUGGUGAUUCAGACAUGUCUACUGUGGAUGAGUUGAUGCAACCUAUUAGAGUGGAAGAAGGCUUUAGCAUGAAGCCUUUAAGUGUAAACAUGCAGACAAACAAUGGACUGCUUCCAUAUAGUGAGCACAAAUCAAUGGAAAAAAAUCCCAAGGAUUUACUGCAGAAAAAUAAAAUCAUAGAUUAUUUCCAUCAUGAGACUGGUGGAAAAUCUGAAUCUGUAAAUGUAAUAUCAUCACCUGAAUUGAAUCUGCAUUAUCAAAGCAAAACAAGGAUGAUCGCUCAAGACCACCAAAGUCAACAGCAGCGUGUGGCUUCCAAGGAACCAAAACCUUCAGGACUGUUUGCAGUUCAUCAUGGUGUUUCAAAGCAUGGGAAUGACCUUGAUCUAAGUGCAUCUACGUCUUCUGGCCUGCUCCAUAACAAGCUCUCAAACAAGACAGACAGGAGUCCAACAUCGCUUUUAAGGAAAAGUCAAAACACGCAAUAUGCUUAUGUUAAGAGCUCUGGCUAUGGAAAGGCUAGGGCACAAAUGAAACAGUCCUCUAUUGCUGACAUAUCCACUUUAAAGGAGACCCUUAUAGAGACAAAGGGCAAGUCACCUGCUGAUAAGAAACACAAAGGAAUAUUAUCUGCUACCAGAACCAUAAGAUUUGCAGAAGAUUCGGCCAGUUUUCCGAAGGAUAGUGGAAACAGUGAUACUAUAUGGCAACAACAAGAAACUGCUGCUAAAAUAAACUUAGAAAAAUCCAUGGACAAUGAAAAGAUCAAUGUUCCCAUUAUAUCUUAUGGAGUCUUCGAUGAUUCGGUUAUCAGCGGUAGUAACCUAUCUGUGCUUCAGAGACUUCAGAAAGUAGAACAGAAAUUAAAUGCUGCACAUAUGUAUACUGCAGCCCCCAAAGAAAACUCUUUCAGCAAGGAAAAGCAAAGUAAGCAAGAAAUGGAAGAGAUGAAAAUUAAAUAUGAGGAUGAAAUCAAAGAACUAAAACAGGCAAAUUUCAUACUACAAACACAGUUAAAUGCAGACAAAGAAACAAUCAAGAAAAAGUCUCAUCUUUUUGGAGAUCAGAGUAGUCCUGUAACAGAAGAGAAAAUACUGCUUAUAAGGCAAGAAAUAGAAGAACAAGAGACUCUUCUACGAGGAUAUCAGCAGGAAAAUGAAAGACUGUAUCAACAAGUCAAAGUACUCCAAUUUGAAAACAAGCAAAAUGAAGAGCAGAUGUUCAAAGAAAAUCAAGCACUGAAAACAGACCUCAUUUUCUUAAGAGAGAAAAUGAAGGUGAACAGUAACAUGCCUCAUAAUCAACAUGCAUCCCAAGUAUCUGAACCCAGUACUCAGAGUUUUACAGAGUUGAUUGCUGAACUGCGUGCCGUUCAGAAAAAAGAGACUGGUUUGCUUGAAGACAUAGCUAGAUAUAAGCACGACAAACAGGCCCUGGAAGUAGAUCUGGUACAAAUGAUGAAAGAGCGUGAUCUUCUAAAAGUCCAAGUCUCCAACACUGCAGAUGAUAAAUCUUAUGAAAUGAACAUUUUGGAAGACAGUUAUAAGCAAGAAAUCAACCGACUCAAUAAAAAACUUCAGUGGUUUGCAGAAAACCAGGAUAUAUUGGAUAGAGAUGCUGGUCGACUUAGAGACGCUUAUGAACAAAUUGAGAACCUGAAGACACAGGUUGAAAAGCUUAGCUAUGAUGCAGGAAAUCAGUCUGUUCAGCAGCAGAAACGUCUAAAAGACAGAGCAGCUGAUGCAAAACGAAUACAAGACCUUGAGCGGCAGGUUAAAGAAAUGGAAGCAAUUAUUAAGAGAAGGUAUCCCAACUCUAUCCCAGCACUCAUAUUUGCUGCUACAGCAGUUGCAGAAACUGACAAUUCCACCAAAAGUAAUACCGUAGCCUUCUUAGAAAGGAGAAUUAAAAAAUUAGAAACAGAUCUGGAAAGCAAAGAUGAAGAAGCUAAGAGAAGUCUACGCAGCAUGGAACAGCAAUUUCAGAAAAUCAAGAUUCAGUAUGAGAGUCGAAUAAAUGAACUUGAAGAAUUACAUGCUCAGAGACACCUAAAUGAGCCACAAAAACAUGUAGACGGCACAAUAAAAAUAAAAGCACUUGAGCAAGAGCUAUCUAUAUUUAAGGAUGCUCAUCACUCUACAGUUAUGAACCUACAUAAAGAAAUUGAAACCCUCCGACAGAAGAAUUUGUUUUUAGAACAUAAGUCUAAGAUUAAAGAACAAAACAUUACUUCAAAAACUAAAGAGGGGGAGAUGCCUGAUCAAGCAAGAUUGACCAGACUUAAUCAGGAACUUAUUACAAAAAAUAAAGAGAUUCAAGAGCUCUCAAAAACAGUGGAGAGACUUCAAAAGGAAAGGAUGAUCAUGCUCUCAGUCAAACCCCAUUCAAGUAGAGUCAGUAACAGGAACAAAAACUUAAGUGUGCCUGAUGCAGGGGUUACACCUCCCUCCAAGGGAAGCACAGUACAGACUGAAGUUUUUCCAUCAAUGUUGAAUGAAAAACUGUAUCAACCAGACACCUUUGCAGACUUUCAUAUUUCUGAUCUCAUACAAGAAAACAAUAGACUAGAAGAUGAAGUUCACAAAUUGUCUGAAAACCUGAACCAACAAAAGGCAAAUUAUGAAACUGCUUUGUCGAAAGCAGAGUGCGCUAUAAAGAGGUUAAAAGGCGAAACUGUUGAGCAAGUUGCAGCACUUAAGCAGUCACACCAGAGGGAGAUCGAAAAACUCAUUUGUCAGAAUGCAUUAGAACAUUCGUCAUCGAGGGUGGCCGAGCUAAGUAGCAAAAUUUCAACGCAAGAGAUCCAUAUAAAGCAUCUUCAAAAGCAACUUAGCGAGCUACAGAAGGACAGAGAAUCCUUGGCUGUCUUACGCAUUCGGGAGGAAACCCUGCAGAGAGAGAUGGUAAAAAUGUUGGAUGAACUAAAAAUGGCCAAGGAGUGUCACAGUCCAAAAAUGAAGCACUUUUUAGCUCUUGAAAGUAAGAUCAAACACAUGGAAGUCAAGCAUUCGCAAAGAGAACAAGAGCUCCAGCAGGUAAUCCAGCAUUCACGACACACUGAAGAAGCGUCACAGGUCAGCGAGCUUGACAAAUGGAAGAAACUUGCACAACAAAAGAAUGUGGAGCUAGAGAGGUUUAAAACAGAGUUAGAUGCAAUUUUAGAUGUUCUCCGUGUGUUACAAAGACAGGGAGUUGUCAUACCCACCUCAGCAUCACAAGGCUCUGAAGUACACUGGAAAACAUAACUGUUAGCAUGCAUGGAUAUUUGAAGUUGCACUAUGUAUUUAUAUAUUAUUUUAAAUGUAUUUAUAA